CAACAAAAGGUGUCAGUGCCACUUAUCAGCAACGUUCCCCUCAGCAGCGCGGUUUGUCAGUGGCAUCGUGCGACGACGGCUAUCAGUUUGCUCGUAGCAUCGAACUCGCUAGCAGUCCUAGCCGCAAGUCGUCGGCGCAUCAACGAAUCCUAGUUGCAUCACAGCUCAUCUCCGAACAGCAGCAUCUUCGUGAACGGUGCCUUCUGCUUCUGCCACGAGUGGCGGUGUUUCCCUUUGCGCCUUUUACGAACAGCACAAUGAAAAAAUCCACGCUCGACAAUAUUUCGGUGUUCCUAGCCGAGCUGAUUGGCACAGGAUUGUUGGUGAUGCUUGGUUGUAUGGGCUGUGUGUCUGGGUUAGGCCAUACUCCUUCACACUUUGAAUUGUGCAUCAACUUUGGUCUAAUAGUGAUGAUCGUUGUACAAGUGUUCGGAUGCGUAUCCGGAGCUCACCUCAAUCCAGCGGUCACCGCAGCCGCAUGGGUGUACGAUUUAGUUUCCACCAAGAUGGCCCUGGCGUAUGCUGCAGCUCAAUGCGUAGGUGCCUUUAUGGGCUACGGUGUCCUGAAGUUGCUGACACCAACAGCCGUGUUCGAUUCUGCGUUAGAAAAAGGACCCGGAUUCUGCGUGACACAACCUAACAGUGCUAUCUCAAACAUGCAGGCGGUUGGCAUUGAAUUUGUCGCUACUAUGGUAUUGAUCUUAGUCUGCUGUGGCGUUUGGGAUCCUCGCAACGCUAAACAUCACGAUUCGGUUGCGUUAAAGUUUGGUUUUACUGUCGGUGCUCUAGCCGUUGCUGCGGGUCCCUACACCGGUGCGAGCAUGAACCCGGCCCGUUCUUUAGGCCCAGUCCUGUGGAAUGGUGUAUAUAAUGCACAUUGGAUCUAUUGGGUCGGCCCACUUGGAGCUGCUUUUCUAACUGCCUUCGCCUACAAAGCUGUUUUUCGGCGGGAAGUACCUAUCGAACAGCUGAACCACGAACUAUCGGCUCUUAAUACUGACAAAUCAAACGCUUAGUUGUCUCAUUCUCUUACUUCCAACAAUAAUCGUUACAAAUAAUCGUUUCCCGAUGUAGUACACAGCACUAUUUAUACUGUACUGUUUUAUUCGAUUACUCCUGCGAAAAGCGCAGUUUUGAGCGGCAAUUGCUUGUCAACAUCUUCAAACUUAAUUUACAUCGCGCAAUUAUGACGUACGCCUCGUUUAAAUAUAAGAUAUCUUUUUAAAAUAAAUCAUAAAACAGACCAUGCCAUUUAAA